AGCGAAGACCUCCGACUAGUCGACAGAUGUGAAAUGCAUAUCCCCGCAGCAGUCAUCAUCAAGAUGCGAUUGUUUUUUGAAAAACAAAACAAAAAGCAACUUUUCAAGGCUCACGCGGGAAUAUGGAAAAAAAAAUGAACGUUUUGUAAAAGUAUUUGACAUCCGAGACGUUGGUAGACCUUUAGACCCCCGUACGAUCGAUAAAAUUUCAUUAGAUAAAAGUGACACGUCAAUGUUGACUUUGCUGUUACGAAACUACGGAUAUUGCUAUAUAUCUUAUAUCUAUCUGGUCAAUGGGAAAACAUGAGGGCCUGGUAAAAACUGGUCACCGAAAACUCGAAAGAAAUAACUGAAAAGAAAUAAAAAUUGGAGAGGAAAAACGUCAAGAGUUUUGCCGCCAUGUUGGCAACACUGCGCGUCACGAUCACGAAGGACAGUCUAGAGCAGGAGAUAAAGAAAAGAGACCUGAUUGCUUCAUCGCAUAUACAUUGAAAAAGUGAAGGGGGGGUAUAUACGAAGACAAAUAAUGCACUUCGAGUUCAUCGUCGUUCGUGUUGUUGAUCUCGCCUAAGUCAUUUGAGAAAAUGACAACAAACCUUAAUGGAACCACGAGGGACUGGAAUGCAACUACAAUUACAACAAUGUUCGAGACCACAGCAGCUUCGACUGAACUAGACUACAGCAAUUCCAGCAUCCUCUCAAACACAUCUACUACUCCAUCACCUCAUCAUCCCGAUUCUAUAUGGUUAAUGUCAGCUUCGGCCCAAGGAAUAGCAGGAGUUUUCGUUUGGGCAGCUGUGUUUAUCACUUGCCAUCAGAUUUACCAGUAUCUGAGGUUUUACACUCACCCCUCUGAGCAGCGCUGGAUAGUCAGGAUCCUCUUCAUCGUCCCCAUCUAUGCUCUUACUUCUUGGUUUUCUCUCCUCUUCUUCCACAAAAACAGUUACUAUGUCUAUUUUGACACAUUCCGAGAUUGUUACGAGGCUUUCGUCAUCUACAACUUCUUGAGUCUCUGUUACGAAUACCUCGGUGGAGAAGGCAACAUCAUGAGCGAAAUUAGAGGGAAACCAAUCAGAUCGAGCUGGUUCUACUGCACCUGCUGUCUAUCGGGGCGUCAGUAUUCGAUAGAAUUUCUUCGUUUUUGUAAACAGGCCACCCUUCAGUUCUGCGCCGUCAAGCCAUGCAUGGCUUUUGUGACUGUUAUCCUGCAAUCACAAGGUCUCUACUCUGACGGUGAUUGGAGCCCCCAGUCCGGCUAUCUUUACAUCACGAUCAUCAACAACGUCUCCAUCACAUUGGCUCUCUACGCGCUUUUCCUCUUCUUCUUUGCCACCAAAGAUCUGCUCUCGCCCUACGACCCGGUUCUCAAAUUUGCCAUCAUCAAAUCCAUCAUCUUUUUGUGCUUCUGGCAAGGUGUCUUGCUGGCCGUGCUAGAAACGUUGGAAAUAAUCGCUCCGAUCUAUGGCUCCGAUAAUACAAUUACCAACGCUGGAACCGUUUCGGCUGGCUAUCAAAACUUUUUGGUCUGCAUUGAAAUGGGUUUCGCUGCCGUGGCCUUGCGCUACGCUUUCCCAGUGACGGUUUACGCCCAAAAUUGCGCCACCGAUUCGCGUGGUCGCACAGUCACCAUGCAAAGUAUCUCGAGCAGUUUGAAGGAAACGGUCAAUCCGAAAGACAUGAUGACGGACGCUUUCCAUAAUUUCCACCCGCAAUAUCAACAGUACACGCAGUACAGCGCCAGUGGAUCGACAUCUCGCGGUGCCGGUGGAAGGCCAAGCCGUAACGGAACAUUUGACACUGAUGAAUCGGGCCCUGCAAUUCACCGGACGACUCCAACACUUCAUCCACCUCCGUCGACAUCCAGUGCAGCUUCGACUUCUUCCCCUUCAGCUCAUCGCCCCGUCAUUUCAGGUGGUGCUGCUACUUCUUCGUUUUCCACUUCUUCGGCUGCUGCUACUUCUACCGCUGCGUCACCAUCAGCUCAUCUUCCCGCCCAGUCAGGAGGUCCAGUUGGGGUCCCGCCAUCACGUCUCGCUUACACUGAAAAGACGAUGCUACUCAGCUCGGACGACGAGUUCCAGUGAGCUUCGACAACCAUUUACACGAUACACAGACAGACACACACAUAUACACACAUUCGAGACACACUUGAAACGGUGUAAUGGCAUUUUUCUCUUUUUUAAAAAGAGAUGGAAAAUUAUUUUCCGCACGUCUCGUUCCGCCAUUACGGUGACACACACAUACACUAUUACAUGAUCGUUACUGCUGUUGUGUUUUAAAAUCACACAAAAUACCUUUUUUCUUUUGAAAAAAAAAAAAUCGCUAUGGAUCGGGAGCGGUAAUUUUUUUUUUUCUCUUUCGUCACCUCCCCUAUUAAAACCAUAUUUGUAAUAAUUUUUCUCCCCUCCCCCUGAAAAAUGUUUGUAUAAGUUUCCCUCGGGUCAACGUACUAUAUAAUAUUUCAUGUAAACCGUACAUAUAUAUUAUAAAUAUAUUUCAUUCAGUGUUGAGUGUGUAUUACUACUACUACGAUAACUUUUGUUUAAAUUCUUUUUUGAGAAAUGUUUUUCUUUUUUGAAAUUCUCGUCGAGUGUCAUAAUUUAUUUGGAUAACGAAGGCGCCAUUUUUUCAGCUCUUUUCUUUUCUUUGCAUGCUGUUCUUAUUCAAAAUUGCGUAAUCAAUUUUUUUGGCACCGAAACGAGUUCAAUGUUCCCCCCCUGAUGCACUACACACGCAAUCAUUAUCGUCAUCGACAUGUCUAAUUAUUAUUCCGUAAAACUUUUUUGUGUUGAUAAGAAACCAGAAAAACAAGGUUGUGCCCCCUAUAAUGGGACGACAUUUUACGAAUGGGACAAAAAUGUUACUUUUUCCAUGUGAUUGAAGUUUAACAAGACCGAAAUACACACAACAACAAACCAGA